UAGUGUCAAGCUUUGCUUAAAUAGUUUAAGUGUUAAAUGUCUGCUUAGAAACAAAUUGAGACCACAAAUCAAAUGAUGAAUGGGUCGCGAAUUUGUCGGAUUUUAGUUUAUAUUUUGUUUUCUAGAGCAACACUAUGCCAACGCAGUUAUUUCGAUCCAAAAGCGAAUAAUUCGGAUAUGUUUAUGCUAGGGGACGAUGUGAAUGGCUUCAACAUGAAUGAGGACCAAAUUGUUAAGUUCAUAAAGCCACUCGACAGGGGACCCUAUUUUGAUACAUCCGCCACCAAAAAUGUGACUUCGUUAGUUGGUAAAACGGGCCAUCUCAAUUGCCGGAUCAAGAAUCUUGGCAAUAAAACGGUAUCUUGGAUACGACAUAGGGACCUACAUCUUUUAACGGUAGCUGAAAGCACUUACACAUCGGACCAAAGAUUUUCAUCCAUCUAUAAUAAGCAAACUGGCGAUUGGUCCUUACAGAUCAAAUAUCCUCAAAUAAGAGAUUCUGGAGUUUACGAAUGUCAAGUCUCAACGACUCCUCCAGUGGGUUAUACAAUGCUCUUCUCUGUUGUUGAACCAAUAACAAGUAUUCCGGGGGGUCCCGAAUUAUACAUCGACUUGGGCUCAACGGUUAAUUUGACAUGCAUCGUGAAACAUCUUCCGGAUCCGCCUUUAAUGGUGCACUGGACCCACAAUAAUCAGGAAAUAAAUUACGAUUCGCCAAGGGGAGGAGUAUCGGUAAUUACCGAAAAGGGGGAUAUAACUACAUCAUAUCUGCUAAUACAACGUGCGCAAAUAUCCGAUUCUGGCAGGUAUUCCUGUUUGCCGUCAAAUGCGAACUCCAAGUCCGUUAAUGUUCACAUCUUAAAUGGAGAUCACCCGGCGGCUGUUCAAGGUGCAAACACAAUUUUAGGACAUAGUUUAAAUGUGCUAGUUUUUAUAAUGGUUAUCGCACGUAUAUAAGAUUAUUAUUAUUAUAUAAUAAUAAAUUUGAUUAUCUUGUAAAU